AGACAGGAAAAAUAAUCAACAAAAAUUGAGCAGGAACCACAAGUGUCUUCCUUUGUUUUGUCUUUAUGAAACCUCAUUGCAUUUUUGUCCUUCACUACUUCCUCUUCAUCCUAGACUUUCUACACUUGACUUUGUUUCUUGCUAGUUGGUAGCUAGCAUGUUACAUGUUACAUGCAAUGCAUAAUAUCCUUUCUUUGCUUGAGGCAAGUAUUUUUGUCUGAGUGCCAUAUAAUCAGCAAAUUGUCAAGAAGUUGAUUGAGAACUAUUUCUAACAUGAAAAUACAAAGUGUGUUUCUCUUUUUGUUAUUCUUAUGGGCUCAAAUUCAUCUCAUCUUUUCAAUUACUGAUCCUCAAGAUGUUACCGUACUUAUGUCUCUAAAAGAUGCAUGGCAAGAUACACCACCCAGCUGGGACAAAUCAGAUGACCCUUGUGGAGCACCUUGGGAAGGAGUAAUCUGCAAUAAAUCAAGGGUUACUUCAUUGAGAUUGUCAACCAUGGGCCUGAAGGGUGAAUUAAGUGGAGAUAUUGGUGGACUCACAGAAUUAAGAUCCUUGGACUUGUCCUUUAAUAAAGGUUUAAUGGGUCCUAUCUCUCCACAAUUGGGAGACUUAAGCAAGCUAAAUAUUCUGAUUUUGGCUGGUUGCAGCUUCAGUGGCAAUAUUCCAGAUAGAUUGGGGGAUCUUUCAGAGCUAUCUUUCUUGGCUUUAAAUUCAAACAACUUCACUGGAAAAAUACCUCCUUCAUUGGGGAAACUCUCCAAACUUUAUUGGUUGGACUUGGCAGACAAUCAGCUUACAGGACCACUCCCAGUUUCAACCUCCAUUACCCCUGGCUUAGACCUCCUUUUAAAGGCUAAGCACUUCCAUUUCAAUAAAAACAAGCUUUCUGGUACCAUUCCUCCGAAACUUUUCAGCUCUCACAUGGUACUCAUACACAUAUUAUUUGAUGGAAAUGAUUUAAGUGGAAGUAUACCUUCUACAAUAGGACUAGUUCAAACAGUUGAGGUUCUUCGGUUCGACAGAAAUUUCUUGACAGGAGAGGUCCCUUCAAAUCUCAGUAACCUUAGCAACAUCACCGAAUUGAAUUUAGCACACAACAGUUUGUCAGGUCCUUUGCCAGACUUAACAUCAAUGGAUAACCUCAAUUAUGUGGAUCUUAGUAACAAUUCCUUUGAUCCAUCAAAAGCUCCAAUUUGGUUUUCAACUUUAUCAUCACUCACCACUCUUGUUAUGGAGUUUGGAGCACUUGAAGGUCCUCUUCCAUCAAAACUAUUCAGCAGUCCUCAAAUACAGCAAGUGAAACUAAGAAGCAAUGCACUGAACAAAACACUAAACAUGGAUGACAGCAUUUAUCCCCGGUUGAAGCUUGUGGAUUUACAAGAGAAUAGGAUUUCAACAGUCAUAAUCGGGGAACAUUACAAAAAUACAUUGAUUCUCAUUGGAAAUCCAGUGUGCAGUACUGGUCUCUCAAAUGCAAAUUACUGCAACCUUCGGCAACAGCUUAAACAGCCCUAUUCCAUUAGCUUGGCUAAUUGUGGAGGAAUAUUAUCAUGUCCCCUGGAUCAAAAGCUCAGUCCACAAAGUUGUGCAUGUGCCUAUCCAUAUCAAGGAAUGUUGUACGUUAGAGGACCUUUGUUUAGAGAAUUGUCUAAUAUAACUAUUUUCCAUUCACUUGAAAAGAGCUUAUGGGAGAAAUUGGGUUUAACACCUGGUUCAGUUUCUUUACAAAACCCUUUUUUCAAUGGUGAUGAUUAUCUUCAAAUGCAACUAGCACUCUUUCCACCAACAGGACAAUAUUUUAAUAGGUCAGAAGUUCAAAGAUUUGGAUUUUCAUUGAGUAAUCAAACAUACAAGCCUCCACAUGAAUUUGGACCCUACUACUUCAUUGCAUCUCCUUAUGCUUUUCCAGAUUCCUACAAAGGAGCUUCUCUUAGCAUAGGUACUAUUAUUGGGAUAACAGCUGGAAGCACAACUUUGAUUUUGUGCCUCGUAGGGUUAAUGGUAUAUGCAAUCCGGCAAAAGAAGCGUGCAGAGAGAGCCAUUGGAAUAAGUAGACCAUUUGCAUCCUGGGCAUCAAGUGGAAAGGAUAGUGGAGGUGCACCACAAUUGAAGGGAGCAAGAUGGUUCUCUUAUGAUGAACUAAAAAAGUGCACCAACAAUUUCUCAGGAAGAAAUGAACUGGGCUUUGGUGGCUAUGGCAAGGUGUACAGAGGGGUGUUCCCUGAUAGAAAAAUAGUUGCAAUCAAAAGAGCUCAGGAAGGAUCAAUGCAAGGAGGCCUAGAGUUCAAGAAUGAAAUUGAGCUGCUUUCAAGAGUUCAUCACAAGAAUCUUGUUAGCCUUGUUGGAUUCUGCUUUGAAAAAGGAGAACAGAUGUUAGUUUAUGAAUUUAUCCCCAAUGGAACACUAAGGGAGAGUUUGUCAGGAAAAUCUGGUAUACAACUUGAUUGGAAGAGGAGACUUCGUAUUGCUCUUAGCUCAGCAAGAGGACUUGCAUACUUACAUGAACUGGCCAACCCUCCCAUAAUACAUAGAGAUGUGAAGUCAACCAAUAUCUUGCUGGAUGACAAUUUGAAUGCAAAGGUUGCAGAUUUUGGUCUGUCUAAGCUUGUAUCAGACAGUGAGAAAGGCCAUGUCUCAACUCAGGUCAAAGGGACAUUGGGCUAUCUAGAUCCUGAAUAUUUCAUGACUCAACAACUAACCGAAAAGAGUGACGUAUACAGUUUCGGGGUAGUUAUGCUUGAACUGAUAACAUCCAAACAGCCAAUUGAAAAGGGUAAGUACGUCGUUCGCGAAGUUCGAACCUUAAUGAACAACAAAGAUGAAGAGUAUUAUGGUUUAAGGGAACUAAUGGAUCCAGUGGUGAGAAACACAGCCAACCUGAUAGGAUUUGGAAGGUUCUUAGAGUUGGCAAUGCAAUGCGUUGAGGGAUUGGCUUCAGACCGACCAACAAUGAGUGAAGUUGUGAAAGCCUUAGAAACCAUAUUACAUAACGAUGGGAUGAUUACAAAUUCUACUUCAGCUUCUUCAUCUGCCGCUAAUUUUGAAGUUUCUAAAGGUGCUGCAGCAAGACAUCCUUACAUUGAUACUCUUUUUACAAAGAAGGAUGAUGGUAUUGAGAGUGAUGCUUUUGAUUACAGUGGAGGGUACACAUUUUCAUCUGAAGUGGAACCCAAAUAGAUAGAUGCUAUACAUUUUUUGUUAGACAUGCCAUUUAGUUUUUGUCUUGUCAUUCUUUUGUUAGACAUGCCAUUUAGUUUUUGUCUUGUCAUUCUCAAAUGAAGACGUACAAUGCUGUAUAUUCUUUGUGACCUAUAGUUUUCAUGUAUGGAUUGUUUAGGAGGAAAUGUAGUAAAUCUGUCUCUCUCAUAGCAACAUUGUAUAGUAAGAGAGCUCCAGUAGUAGAUUUCCUUAUUCGUUCUUGUUAAAGGCGUGUAUCCGUGUCAUCUGAAUUCAAUCGAACUAUUCGCAAAA